AGACGAAUCACCGAUGAAACAAUUAAGUAGCUAUCGAUAUUUCUUCUUUCUGGAACUUUGAUCUUUUCCUUCUAAAAUUUCAUGUUCUGGGGUUGGUCGAUCCUGCACUACGGAUGUUUAUUCACGGAGACUGAAAGUCGAUCAUGGUCCGCAGUUUGGUAUUAAAGAUAUUAAAGCGAUUAGAAACAGCGAAACCUGCAUGGCAUGUUUACAAUUACAGAAACCACGAACUUGUAUUACUAUGCCUGUCCGUGCUGAUCGAGGCGAUUUAUCGAUGGUUUUCAAUCGUUAUUAACUACCAACCCCACCCCGAUCUUGCUUUUUUGUGCUUUUACGUCUUUUAUUUAGUUUUUUUUGUGUGAAUCGUCAAACACGCUUGGCGAAAUACAAAUAUUAUUAAUGGAGGAUACUCCAUCUUUAUCUUCCUGUUGAUCUCAGUCGCACAGCGGUGGGAAGAUUAUCUCGGACCAAAGAACUCUGACCAAACGGCAAUUAAGAAUGAGUGACACUUCUUCCUGCUUCAUAUUAAUCUACACAUGUCACAAAGGAUGUAUGAAACAUAUGGUUUUGGGUCGUAAGUAAACAAACAAAUGCAUCGUUUAUUGUUGUGAAGCUGAGAAAGUGGAUAUCAGCGGGAAUUCCCUCUCCGUGUGUCCUGACCAACGCGAAAAUGGCGACAGUUCGCGGAACUUCUAAUCACACGUACAGCACAGACGACCGCUUGGGGCAGGGAGCGACUUGUAGUGUAUAUAAAGGGCUUUCUAAGGAUGGGCAGUUUAGAGCAUUGAAGAUAACCAACCCCAUGGCCAUGAGAGAUAUAACUCGUGAAGUGACUGCUCUUCAGACUCUGCAGCAUGAAAACAUCAUUCACUUCUUUGGCACAGAGACAGAACUAAUGAACAAACAUAUAGUGGUUGUUAUGGAGUACUGUGAGGGAGGCAGCCUCCAGUCCUACCUACACCAGCCCUGCAACAUGUUUGGCUUGCCUGAGCCAGAAUUUCUUUUACUCCUGAAGCAUCUUGUGUCAGGUAUGGAACAUUUACGAUCACAUGGUUUUGUACACCGAGACAUCAAACCAGGCAACAUUCUUCGUCAGAUUGAUGAAGAAGGAAAGUCCAUUUUCAAGCUGUCAGAUUUUGGCACGGCAAGACCACUUGGGGAUGAUGAAUAUUUUAAGUCGAUUGUGGGAACACCAGACUUCUUACAUCCAGAAAUAUUCAAUGUAGCCUUUGGAAUCACAGAUACAGACAAAAGUAUUGCCUUUCCACACAAUGUUGAUCUGUGGAGCCUAGGUGUGACAAUUUACUGUGCUGCAACAGGCUCAGUACCCUUCAGCCCUCACAAGCAUGAGAGUAAACCAACAACAAUGUUUGAGAUGAUAUCCCAAAAACCUUCAGGUGCCAUAGGGGCCAGACAAAAGGAAGCCAGAGGCGAAAUUCAGUGGAUCUUUGCUUUGCCAAAUACUUGCCACCUUUCAAGAGGCCUAAAGAAACUUCUCCUUCCGAUGCUGGUGGCUUUGUUUGAAAGAGAUCCUGCACUGGGAUGGACAUUUGAGCGUUUCUUUCAAGAAUCAAAGAACAUUUUGGAAAAAGAGCGAAUCACUUAUCUUUCACUGCUUCCAAGCCAACCUCCAUUUGAUGAAAUUUUUAUUUCUAGAUCUCCUGGAUUCAGUUACAAUGUCCUAAAAGAGCAGUUAAGCAACCAGCAGACAGAACAUGGUAUGUCAGAACUGCAUGACAUUCUGCAUGGAGACAUAAGCUUAACUGACUGGCCUCAGGAAGAUGAACAAGAAUUUAUUAUUCCUCCAACAGAUAUCAAUUCUCCUCUUAUUCUGCUUCCUGCUACAGUGCCUCUUUCUUUUGAUGGAGAUGAUAACCUGUUCAGAGAGACAUCCAUAACUUACACUGCAUCUGGAGUGAUUUUGCCCUUUCUCAAAAUAUGUGCAAUCAUCAUUUUGAUACACCGCUGCGUUGUAAACUUGAAAACUCUUCAGCAACAUCUGUGGAGGCUGACAGAAAGACAGAUACGUGAACUGAAGAAAGAAGUGCAAGCAGCUGAGAAAACCUUUUACUUGAUGACAGAACUGUUUGAUGUGAUCAGAGGAACAGCAAAUAUGGCAGAAUGGACUAACCAAGAAAACAGCAAUUUUAAGGAGAUUUUGCAAAAAAUGUCAAGCAUUGAAAGAACGAUUGAGGCGGCAAAGAGUGCCUUUAGAGAAUCUCCUGGGAAACACCAUCUGGACUUUGAUGGCACAAAAUGUGCACAGCUUACUCAGAGGGCACAAGAAGAAGCUCAGUCAUGUAUUGAAGAAAUGGAGGGACUUAGAAGAACUAUGGAGAGAGCUAAAUUUACCACACGGCAUCAAGAAAGCUAUUUUGAAGCAUUAAGGAAAAAGUUGGAAGGAGCAUAUAAACGUGCACAGAAUGUGUGGCAGGAACAAGGCCCUCACAAGGGAGCACUCCUGCGGCUAGACUUUCUCGCUUGGUACAGAUCCCAUCUUCAGCUCCAUGAAAAUGUUCAGAAGUGCCAUGAAGACCUUGCUACAGUUGCUGUUCUUGUGGGUCAGCUCUUUAAGAGCUGUGUAAACAGAGCUAGCAAAGGAAUGCAAGACACAAUAACCAAAAGGAUGCAUAAAAGCUUACUGAAUAGCGAGCAGGGAAGUGUAAGCAGGGAGCAGUUUGCUGAUUUAUUGACUGGGCUUCAAGACCUGACAGAAAAUCUUGAAGCUCCUGAGAUCUUCAGCAUCCCACAUUGAUCUGAAGUUAAUAAUCUGGCAUUUAAAGAAAGACUGAAUUUCUUUGUGAUUAUUUCUGAGCAAGGAGCAGUGACAUGGUUAUUUGUGACAUGGUAAUUUUAAAUUUUAUUUGUGGGAUUUCUUAACUAGAAAAGAACUGAGUAAUAUAUAUAUAUGGAAUAUAAGUGCACAUGCAUGCAUUUACAUUUAUGGGGUUGAAAGAGCAAUGGAGUGAAAGGAUUUUAGAUAUUCUAUAUAGAUCUAUGUGUUUACUUUGGAGUAGAAAAGAUCGCACAAAACUAUGAUACAGGGAAGUCAACAUGGACAUAAACUAUUGAACCUUGUUUGAUUAUUAUUACAGUUGUGUUAAAAAAUGAUUUUUGUGGUUUUUAAAUGUUCAUAAUAGUUCUGAUCAUUGUGCUGUAUAACCCAGUGUGAAGUUAAAUUUUCAAGCACACAUAUGCAUUAAAAACAAUAAAUUAUUUUCAACCAGUGAUUAUCAAAGAAAGUAUUUGCUGUUAAUUUUCAGUAGAAUAAAACAGUAAAAAUUACUGUGAUGUUUUCAUAUCCACUGGUCUGGAGAAAUAAACAGACUGCUCUUGUCAUUUAGAAAAGGUCUAUAAAGUGGCUGUUAGAACUGUAAAUAGUUCGCUGUAUCAAGGACAGAUCUUAUCUUCUCCUUCCACCAUGAUUUACCUUCUGUUAUUAAUCAGGCAUCCAUCUCCAACGUGAUCAGUGGUUUAUUUUCUCCACCAUGAGCUGAGCAGGCCUCAAGCUUUGAUCAUACUUACCAUAAGAUGAUGGUGCCUUCCCAAGUUCUUGAUUGAUAAGCUCAUUAAAUUCUGGGCAUGCUUAUAAGUAGGUGUGGCCUAUAUUUCACACACAUGUACUUCAUGUUAUGUGAGUGUGUGUUCUCUGUUUACAAAUGUACCGCUCUUUUAUACUUCAGUUUAUCCAAGAUGUCUGCAAUAUACAUUUCUAGAAAAUAUGAGGCAUUUAAUAAAUGAUAUAACUUA